CCGCCUGUGACAUUCGGGAUUCUGCUAGCAUAACAAGAAAUGUCCAUUGUAGCUGAAUUACCAGGUUACCUUCAAGUCUUGUCUGAUGGAUCUGUAAAACGCUUUGCGCGUGAGAUUGUCCCAGCCUCGUCAGAAUCAAUCAACGGAUACAAGUCCAAGGAUGUGAUUAUUGACACAUCAAAGCCAAUCACAGGAAGGUUAUUUCUUCCGGGUACCCUGAGUAUUGGGUCCUCAGAUCAUAAGCUUCCUCUUAUAGUUCAUUUUCAUGGUGGUGGCUUUUGCUUUGGAUCCGCUACAUCGGUUGGCAGCCAUAAUUUCUUGGGAGAUUUGUGUAUCACAUCCCAAUCCAUCGUUCUCUCUGUUGACUAUCGUCUAGCUCCAGAAAAUCGUCUCCCCAUAGCUUAUGAAGAUUGUUAUAGCUCAUUGGAUUGGCUUGGCCACCAGGUAAGCUCUGAGCCAUGGCUCGAGCAGGCUGACCUUUCUCGUGUGUUUCUGUCAGGGGACAGUGCUGGAGGAAACAUUGUACACAAUGUUGCUAUCAAAGCCAUUCAGAACAACAAUUGUCCUGUCAAAAUCAAGGGUCUAUUACCGAUACAUCCUUAUUUUGGGAGCGAGCAGAAGACCGAGAAAGAGAAGUCCGAGGGAGCAGCAAGAGAUUUUGCAAACAUUGACUUGUGUUGGAGAUUAAGUAUACCAGAAGGCUCAAAUCGUGAUUAUUAUGGUUGUAAUUUUGAGAAGGCAGAACUGUCUGCAGCUGAAUGGAGCCACUUCCCUGCUGUGAUGGUUUUUGUGGCUGGCUUGGAUUUCUUGAAGGAAAGGGGAGUAAUGUAUGCAGAAUUCCUACAGAAGAAAGGUGUAAAAGUGGUGAGACUGGUGGAGGCUGAGGGUGAGGCGCAUGUUUUUCAUGUGUUGUAUCCUAAAUCUGAUGCGACUCGCUUGCUCCAACAGCAAAUGAGCGAGUUCAUGAAGAGCUCUUAACCUCCUCCUAAACGGACUGAAGAAUUUAUGGUCCUCUAUCACUGUCUUUGGAGUUCUAAAUAAAUCAAUGAAAAAGGCUAUUUUUAGCAA